AUGGCGGAACACAAAGGCGGCGGCGGCGACGGAGCCGCCGAGGUGGAGAGCGAAGGGGGCCAAGGCGCGGGGCCCGCGCAGGAGGCGGAGCCGCCGCUCGCCGCCGCGAUCACCGUGGAGGAGGACGAGGAGGCGGAGGACGGCGGCGAGGACGACGGCGACGAGUUCGCCGGCGCGGCCGCCUCGGGAGCCUCCGCCGCGGCCUCGGCGUCGUCUGCGUCGGCGGCGUCGCCGUCUCCGGGUCCUGCUGCGCCGCCGGGCUCCGUCCCUGCAGCCGCUGCUGCCACGGCCACGGCCGCGGCCCCGGCCCGAUCACCGGCGCCAGGAGCAGCAGCAGCAGCAGCAGCAGCGCCAGCGCCGGCCCCGCCGCCGCCCCGCCGCCCCCGCCGGCCCCCGCCGCCGCCCCCCGCGUCCGCCCCCGCCGCGGCCUCGCUGCUCGACACCUGCGCCGUGUGCCAGCAGAGCCUGCAGAGCCGGCGCGAGGCGGAGCCCAAGCUGCUGCCCUGCCUGCACUCCUUCUGCCGCCGCUGCCUGCCCGAGCCCGAGCGCCAGCUCAGCGUGCCCGUGCCCGGCGGCAGCAACGGCGACGUGCAGCAGGUUGGUGUGAUACGGUGCCCUGUAUGCCGCCAAGAAUGCAGGCAGAUAGACCUCGUGGAUAAUUACUUUGUGAAAGAUACAUCUGAAGCCCCAAGCAGUUCUGAUGAAAAGUCAGAACAGGUAUGUACUAGUUGUGAAGACAAUGCAAGUGCAGUUGGCUUUUGUGUAGAAUGUGGAGAAUGGCUCUGUAAGACUUGUAUUGAAGCACACCAGAGAGUAAAAUUCACUAAAGAUCACUUGAUCAGGAAGAAAGAAGAUGUCUCAGAGUCUGUUGGAGCAUCUGGUCAGCGCCCUGUUUUCUGCCCUGUACACAAACAAGAACAGUUGAAACUUUUCUGUGAAACAUGUGAUAGACUAACAUGUAGAGACUGCCAGCUAUUGGAACACAAAGAACAUAGGUACCAGUUUUUGGAAGAAGCGUUUCAAAACCAGAAAGGUGCAAUUGAGAAUCUACUCGCUAAGCUUCUUGAGAAGAAGAACUAUGUUCAUUUUGCUGCUACUCAGGUGCAGAAUAGGAUAAAAGAAGUAAAUGAGACUAACAAACGAGUAGAACAGGAAAUUAAAGUGGCCAUUUUCACCCUUAUCAAUGAAAUUAAUAAGAAAGGAAAAUCUCUCUUACAGCAGCUAGAGAAUGUGACAAAAGAGAGACAAAUGAAGUUACUUCAGCAGCAGAAUGACAUCACAGGGCUUUCUCGGCAGGUGAAGCAUGUCAUGAAUUUUACAAACUGGGCAAUUGCUAGUGGCAGCAGUACAGCGCUGCUUUACAGCAAACGACUGAUCACUUUUCAAUUGCGCCAUAUUCUGAAAGCACGUUGUGAUCCUGUCCCUGCUGCUAAUGGAGCGAUCCGUUUCCAUUGUGACCCCACCUUCUGGGCAAAGAAUGUAGUCAAUUUAGGUAACCUAGUAAUAGAGAGUAAACCAACUCCUGGUUAUACUCCAAAUGUUGUAGUUGGGCAAGUCCCACCAGGGACAAACCACAUUAGUAAAACUCCUGGACAGAUUAACUUAGCCCAACUUCGACUGCAGCACAUGCAGCAACAAGUGUAUGCGCAGAAGCAUCAGCAGUUGCAACAGAUGAGGAUGCAGCAACCACCCGCAUCUGUGCCAACGACCACAACUACAACGCAGCAGCACCCUAGACAAGCCACCCCUCAGAUGCUGCAGCAGCAGCCUCCAAGAUUGAUCAGUGUACAAACGAUGCAAAGAGGGAACAUGAACUGUGGAGCUUUCCAGGCACAUCAGAUGAGAUUGGCUCAGAAUGCUGCCCGGAUACCAGGGAUCCCCAGGCACAGUGGCCCCCAGUACUCCUUAAUGCAGCCACACCUCCAAAGACAACAUUCAAAUCCAGGGCAUGCUGGACCCUUCCCUGUUGUAUCAGUGCACAACACAACGAUCAAUCCAACCAGCCCUACAACAGCUACCAUGGCAAGUGCAAACCGAGGUCCCACCAGCCCAUCUGUUACAGCAAUAGAACUUAUCCCCUCAGUUACCAAUCCAGAAAACCUUCCGUCGUUGCCAGAUAUUCCACCCAUUCAGUUGGAAGAUGCUGGUUCUAGUAGUUUAGAUAAUCUACUAAGUAGAUACAUCUCAGGCACUCACCUACCCCCACAGCCCACAAGCACCAUGAAUCCCUCCCCGGGACCCUCCGCCCUUUCUCCAGGAUCAUCAGGUCUCUCUAAUUCCCACACACCUGUGAGACCUCCUAGUACCUCAAGUACUGGUAGUCGAGGCAGCUGUGGUUCAUCAGGAAGAACUGCUGAGAAGACAAGUCUUAGUUUUAAAUCGGAUCAAGUGAAGGUCAAACAAGAACCCGGGACUGAGGAUGAAGUUUGUAGCUUUUCAGGUGCUGUGAAACAAGAAAAGACGGAGGAUGGCAGAAGGAGCGCCUGCAUGUUGAGCAGCCCUGAGAGUAGCUUGACUCCACCUCUCUCGACUAACUUACAUUUAGAGAGUGAGUUGGACGCUUUGACAAACCUGGAAAACCAUGUGAAAAGUGAACCCACAGAAAUGAAUGAGAGCUGCAAACAGUCGGGACUCAACAGCCUUGUUAAUGGAAAAUCCCCUAUUCGAAGUCUCAUACACAGGGCGUCAAGGAUCGGAGGGGACGGCAGCAGUAAGGACGAGGACCCAAAUGAAGACUGGUGUGCUGUCUGCCAGAACGGAGGGGAUCUUCUGUGUUGUGAAAAAUGCCCAAAGGUUUUUCACCUAACUUGUCAUGUUCCAACACUUCUUAGUUUUCCAAGUGGGGACUGGAUAUGCACGUUUUGCAGAGAUAUCGGGAAACCUGAAGUCGAAUAUGAUUGUGAUAAUUUGCAACAUAGUAAAAAGGGGAAAACUGCACAGGGAUUAAACCCAGUGGACCAAAGGAAAUGUGAACGUCUUCUGCUUUACCUCUAUUGUCAUGAAUUAAGUAUUGAAUUCCAGGAACCUGUUCCUGCUUCGAUACCAAACUACUAUAAAAUAAUAAAGAAACCAAUGGAUUUAUCCACAGUGAAGAAGAAGCUUCAAAAAAAACAUUCCCAACACUACCAAAUCCCCGACGACUUUGUGGCUGAUGUCCGUUUGAUCUUCAAGAACUGUGAAAGAUUUAAUGAAAUGAUGAAAGUUGUUCAAGUUUAUGCAGACACACAAGAGAUUAAUUUGAAGGCUGAUUCAGAAGUAGCUCAGGCAGGGAAAGCAGUUGCAUUGUACUUUGAAGAUAAACUCACAGAGAUCUACUCAGACAGGACCUUCGCGCCUUUGCCAGAGUUUGAGCAGGAAGAGGAUGAUGGCGAGGUAACGGAGGAUUCUGACGAAGACUUUAUACAGCCCCGCAGAAAACGCCUAAAGUCAGAUGAAAGACCAGUGCAUAUAAAGUAAAAUGACAGUGAACAGAAAUAAAUUGUUUUACACAAGAAAGAAAGCAGAGGAAUAAGAGUGACUUUCUUGACGUGUUGCUGGCAUCUCCUGCCUACAGAGAGCACCUCCUUGAAGAAGCCUAUAGCUUUUACACAGUAUUAGAUUGAAAUGACGGGCAGAAAACACAUUCUUGUCAAGGGGGGAGAACUGUAUUUGCAACUGCAGAAGUAUACACAGAAAGCGAAAGUGGAAUGAUCGGAAGGUAUCUGUUUCUAAAGAAGAUGGUUUUAAUGGUUAAAAAGACUGGGCCGGUGUUGACGAUCUCUGUGGUAUUGAGUGGUCCCAGACACUGGGUGUGCGAGUAAAUAAAUACUUUGAGGGUCAA